AUGGCUUCCAGUAAAGAAGUGAUCAGAGAUGCUCUACUCAUGAAAGGCAUUUCAAAGGAUAAGGAUGUUGAAGAGCUUUCCUUGUCAAAUAGGAAAUUGCUUGAUGUGGUGGACUUGGGCAGAUUUAAGUAUUUGAAACAUCUGUGGCUGAAUGGGAACAAGAUAAGACGAGUGAAUUUCCUUCAUUCAAAUUUUCGGUUAUGUGAACUAUAUCUCCAUGACAACCUUUUGAGUGACAUUAGUGGGUCGCUACGACACCUCACAUGCCUGGUGGUGCUGACCUUGCAGAACAACUAUUUAACAGAUCUGGCGACAACUGUGAAGGAAUUUGACCGCAUGUAUGCACUUCGUGUUCUCAAUUUGUUCAAUAAUCCUGUAGCCCUUGAACCUGGGUAUCGUGUUUUUGUUAUAAAUUCACUACCAUCUUUGACGAUUUUUGAUGGUUUAGGGAUAACCAAGUAUGAGCGUGACAAGGCCCACAUAAUUUGUCGUCGUAAUUCAGAGAAAGUCAAGGACACGGUUGCUUUUGGAAGAAGAUCUCAAGGUCAUCCUUGUAUGUACUCACCUACCAGACCUAAAAUAAUUUCUACAAGACCAGAAACUCCAGCAAAAAGUUUCCUGAAGAGCCAUCCACCUUUUGAAAACUUAGAAGAAGCUGUCCAAGCCCGACAGAUGACAAAAUCCUUGAAUGUGUAUAGCAUGCUUGACUGGAGCACAGUUCCCAGAUCUGAGGACAAACGUCGUUCUGGUGGCCACUUUGAUUUACCCUGCUUUAUUACGCACGUUUUUCGAUGA